UUUGAUAUGAACUGAUUAUAAAACCCUAUUCGGCAAAAUAUCUAUGUAAAUUAUUAUUCCAACCAUAAUCAAAGGAGGUUCUCGCUAGCCCUUAUCCUUCUCUCUCUCUCUACAGCCGACAAGGAGGAUUAUCUCAGAUUCCUUCCGAUCAUGGCGACUAGGCUUAUGUUUGAGAACUCAUGUGAAGUUGGAGUAUUUUCCAAGCUCACCAAUGCUUAUUGCUUGGUUGCCAUUGGAGGCUCUGAAAGCUUCUAUAGCACAUUCGAAGCUGAGUUAGCGGACGUUAUUCCUGUAGUUAAAACUUCCAUUGGGGGAACUAGGAUUAUUGGCCGUCUUUGCGCUGGAAACAAAAAUGGGCUUCUCUUGCCCCACACCACCACCGACCAAGAACUUCAACAUUUGAGGAACAGUCUACCUGAUAAUGUUGUGGUUCAGCGCAUUGAGGAGAGAUUAUCUGCCUUGGGAAAUUGUAUAGCCUGCAAUGACCAUGUUGCUCUGACACAUACAGAUCUUGACAGGGAAACAGAGGAAAUGAUUGCAGAUGUUCUUGGUGUAGAAGUUUUUAGGCAGACAAUUGCUGGUAAUAUUCUUGUGGGCAGCUACUGUACCUUGUCUAAUAGAGGUGGCUUGGUUCAUCCUCAUACCUCCAUUGAAGACCUGGAUGAACUUUCUACCCUCCUUCAGGUGCCUUUGGUGGCUGGGACUGUAAACCGUGGCAGUGAAGUGAUAGCUGCUGGCAUGACUGUGAAUGACUGGACAGCAUUCUGUGGGUCAGAUACUACAGCUACUGAGCUCUCUGUAAUUGAGAGUGUUUUCAAGCUGAGGGAAGCUCAGCCUAGUGCCAUAGUUGAAGAAAUGAGGAAAUCAUUAAUUGACAGCUAUGUGUAAGCCAUUAAUGUUGUUCUGUUGUGCAAGGUAUGAAUGGUACCUGAUGUUAUCUUAUAAUGCUGAAGAGAUCAAUAUUUCUCUAUAUGUGUUUGAUUAUUUGGUGAUAACAUGUUAUAUCCUGAACUGAAAAAGGAUCAAGUUUUGAAAUUGAUUGGUUCUGUAAUAGGUAUUCAAUUUCAUGCUAUGCUUGAAAUCAGAUUUAAUGGGGUUGGAUGA